AUGGUCAACAGCCGCGCCCCGGGUCAGCUGACUCGCAAGGUCAGAAUCACAGUGGUGGCUGCCGAUGGUCUGUCCAAGAGGGAUGUCUUUCGUCUGCCCGACCCGUUCGCCAUCGUCACGGUGGAUGGAGAACAGACGCACACGACUUCCGUCAUCAAAAAGACGCUGAACCCUUACUGGAACGACAGCUUCGAUGUCAAUGUCAACGACUCUUCCGUCUUGGCGGUUCAGAUCUUCGAUCAGAAGAAGUUCAAGAAGCGCGACCAGGGCUUCUUGGGUGUCAUCAAUGUGCCCGUGGCUCAGGUGCUCGACCUGGAACUGGGAGGCAAGGUGCUGCUCACCCGCGACCUCAAGAGAUCCAACGACAACCUCGUCGUGCACGGAAAGCUCAUCAUCGACCUGAACACCAACGUGUCCACUCCCAUCGUCAACAACUCCAAUGCCGGCGCUGCUCCAAACCUUUUGGUUCCCGACACCAAUGCCAACGCGUCUUCUACAUCUCUAGUGCCUUCUGGUCAGACGGGAGCUAAUGGCGCACCCAAGCCUCACAACAGUGGCACUGCUGGCAAUACGCCCAACAAUGGCGGAGACGCCGGCGCAUCUUCGUCUGGAUCUCGUCCCUUGGUCGCCGAUACCAGCGCCGUAUCGUCUCGACGCAGCUCCACCACCGGAACGUCGACAGCUCCAUCCGGCGCGACUGCACCAUCCGCAGCUCCCCCACGCAACAACAAUCCCGAGGCUCGCAGCGAUGAACAAGGCGCUCUGCCACAGGGCUGGGAACGUCGCACCGAUCAUCUGGGAAGGACUUAUUACGUUGAUCACAAUACCAGAUCCACGACGUGGACUCGACCCAGCAUGAGCAGCAACGUCAACCAGGCCGCUGCUGCCACUAAUGCCGCCGGUGACCGCAUGCGCCACUCCAAUCGCACGCUCGCAGACGAGAUGCUGGGUGUGGAUGGAAGCACGGUCAACGCUGCCAGACCUGGUUCGGCGCUGCAGACUGCAGCUGCUGCUCCGCCUUCGCCCGGUGCGGCCGCUGCUGCUUCUCCAGCUGCUGGAAGUGCUGCUGCUGCAAACACCAACCUGCCAGCUAGCACCACAAGCACGACGGCUGGCACUGGACCUCUGCCAGCUGGAUGGGAGCAGCGUCAUACGCCCGAAGGAAGACCUUACUUUGUGGAUCACAACACGCGCACCACGACCUGGGUCGACCCGCGUCGACAACAGAUUCUUCGCAUCAUGGGUCCCAAUGGCAACAACCUGACGGUUCAGCCUCAGAGCGUCUCGCAGCUGGGACCUCUACCCUCUGGAUGGGAGAUGCGCCUGACGUCCACUGCCAGAGUCUACUUUGUGGACCACAACACCAAGACGACUACUUGGGACGACCCGCGCUUGCCUUCCAGCUUGGAUCAGAACGUGCCGCAGUACAAGCGCGACUUUAGACGCAAGCUCAUCUACUUUAGAUCUCAACCUGCCCUCCGACCUAUUCCGGGUCAGUGCCACAUCAAGGUGCGCAGAACGCACAUUUUUGAGGACUCUUAUGCAGAGAUUAUGCGCCAGCAGCCCAAUGAUCUCAAGAAGCGCCUUAUGAUCAAGUUUGACGGUGAAGAGGGUCUGGAUUAUGGAGGUCUCUCUAGAGAAUUCUUCUUCUUGCUCAGUCACGAGAUGUUCAACCCGUUCUACUGCCUGUUUGAGUACUCUGCGCACGACAACUACACGUUGCAGAUCAACCCUCAUUCGGGCAUCAACCCGGAACACUUGAACUACUUCAAGUUCAUCGGAAGGGUCCUCGGUCUGGCCAUCUUCCACCGCCGCUUUUUGGAUGCCUACUUUAUCGUCAGCUUCUACAAGAUGAUCUUGAACAAGAAGAUUACGCUGGCGGAUCUGGAGAGCGUGGAUGCGGACUACCACCGAAGCUUGCAGUGGAUGCUCAACAAUCCCAUUGCGGAUGUGGUGGAAGAGACUUUUACGGCGGUGGAGGACAAGUUUGGAGAGAUGGUGACGGUGGACCUGAAACCUGGAGGAAGCGAGAUGGAUGUGACGGAUGAGAACAAGGCGGAGUACGUCGAGCUGAUGACAGAGUGGCGUAUUCAAAAGAGGGUGGAGGAGCAGUUCAAAGCCUUUUCUUCUGGCUUUACGGAGCUGAUUCCGCAAGAUUUGAUCAACGUGUUCGACGAGAGGGAGCUGGAAUUGCUGAUUGGAGGUAUGAGCGAGAUUGACAUUGACGACUGGAAGAGGUACACCGACUACCGCGGCUUUACGGAGCAAGAUGAGGUGGUGCAGUGGUUCUGGAAGUGCGUCAAGGCUUGGCCUGCAGAGCGCAAGUCGAGGUUGCUGCAAUUCGCGACGGGAACGAGCAGGAUUCCGGUGAAUGGAUUCAAGGAUCUGCAAGGCAGCGACGGGCCUCGACGCUUCACGAUCGAAAAGAGCGGAGAGAUUACGCAGCUGCCGAAGAGCCACACGUGCUUCAACAGGAUCGAUUUGCCGCCUUAUCAGAGCGAGAAGCAGCUCGAGGAUAAAUUGGUCCUUGCGGUGGAGGAGGGUCUUGGAUUUGGAAACGAGUAG